GCUCCUGGACACUCCCUCCCAUUUCUUUCUCUUUCCCCCGUCUUCUCAGUGUGAUUUUCUUGACUCUGCUUUUUUGCAAAGAUUGACUUUGGCUCUGCAUCAACAAACUCUUCAUCUACUAUCGGGAUUUGACCAGUAUGGGGAAUUGCAGAACUGCCUUGGAUUCCAGAAUAAUUUUUUCCUCUUGUCAUUGUUUUUAGGUUGGCUUGGGCAGAAAAGUGAAAAGAGAAUGCUCCACUUUAACCGAUGUCAGCUUCUGAAACAAAUAACCCAGAAAUGUUUUUCUAUUAUACAUGUUAAAACGGAUAAACAUGCACGGCUAUUUUUUUUGAGAACCUUUGCACUUGCAGAAUUAAGGAAGUCAUGUCACUCAACCCACUCUCUUGUUGGAGACAAAAAUAUUAUCCUGAUGGGACCGCCUGGAGCUGGGAAAACAACAGUAGGCAGAAUAAUAGGGCUGAAACUAGGUUGUUGUGUCAUAGAUGUGGAUGAUGAUAUCCUUGAAAAAACCUGGAAUAUGAGUGUGUCUGAAAAAUUACAGGAUGUUGGUAAUGAACAAUUUUUAGAAGAGGAAGGAAAAGCUGUGUUAAACUUCUCUGCAUCUGGAAGUGUGAUUUCCCUUACUGGGUCUAAUCCAAUGCAUGAUGCUAGCAUGCAGCAUCUGAAGAAAAAUGGAAUAAUUGUAUACCUGGAUGUACCUCUAACAGAUAUAGUUAGUCGUCUAAAAUUAAUGAAAACAGAUAGGAUUGUAGGACAUAAUCCUGGAACAUCUAUGAAAGACUUAAUUAAAUUUAGAAGACAGUAUUAUAAGAAGUGGUACGAUACCCGUGUUUUUUGUGAAAGUGGGGCUUCCCCAGAGGACAUAGCUGACAAAGUUCUCAAAGCAGUUAAAAGAUACCAAGAUGUGGACUCAGAAACAUUCAUUUCAACAAGACACUAUUGGCCUAAAGACUGUGAACAGAAGGUUUCAACAAAAUUCUUUAGCGAAGCUGUGAUUGAGGGGUUAGCUUCUGAUGGUGGACUCUUUGUUCCUGAGAAGGAAUUUCCCAAAUUAAACUGUGGGGAGUGGAAAAGCCUAGUAGGAGCAACCUACGUAGAAAGAGCACAAAUACUCUUGGAAAAGUGUAUACAUCCUGCUGACAUACCUGCUGCCAGAUUGGGAGAAAUGAUUGAAACUGCUUAUGGGGAAAACUUUGCCUGCUCAAAAAUUGCCCCUGUCAGGCACCUUUCAGGAAACCAGUUCAUCCUGGAGCUGUUUUAUGGACCAACAGGAUCAUUUAAAGAUUUGUCUUUACAACUUAUGCCUCAUCUUUUUGCACACUGUAUUCCACCAAGUUGUAAUUAUAUGAUACUUGUAGCAACUUCAGGAGACACAGGGAGUGCUGUUUUAAAUGGUUUUAGUCAUCUUAAUAAGAAUGACAAACAAAGAAUAGCUGUGGCCACAUUUUUUCCUGAGAACGGAGUAAGUGAUUUUCAAAAAGCACAAAUAGUUGGCAGUCAGAAAGAAAAUGGAUGGGCAGUGGGUGUCAAGUCAGAUUUUGAUUUUUGCCAGACAGCUAUAAAAAGCAUUUUUAAAGAUUCUGAUUUCACUGGCUUUCUCACUGUGGAAUAUGGAACAGUCUUAAGUUCAGCUAAUUCCAUAAACUGGGGCCGACUGCUUCCCCAAGUAGUUUAUCAUGCUUCUGCAUAUCUUGAUCUCGUUAGCCAAGGAUUUAUUUCCUUUGGAAGCCCAGUAGAUGUAUGUAUUCCCACAGGAAACUUUGGUAACAUUUUAGCUGCAGUGUAUGCCAAAAUGAUGGGAAUCCCUAUUCGAAAAUUUAUUUGUGCCUCUAAUCAGAACCACGUUUUGACUGAUUUUAUAAAAACAGGACACUAUGAUCUAAGGGAAAGAAAAUUAACACGAACCUUUUCUCCAGCAAUAGAUAUUCUUAAAUGUUCAAACCUGGAACGACAUUUACAUUUGAUGGCUAAUAAAGAUGGGCAGUUAAUGACAAAAUUAUUUAAUCAAUUAGAAGAGCAGCAUCACUUUCAGAUAGAAAAUAUUCUAGUUGAGAAACUUCAGCAGGAUUUUGCAGCCGACUGGUGCUCUGAGGGAGAGUGCCUGGCAGCUAUUCACUCUACCUACAAUACUUCAGGGUACAUUUUGGAUCCACACACUGCUGUUGCAAAGGUGGUUGCAGACAGAAUGCAAGACAAAACUUGCCCAGUGAUUGUCUCAUCUACAGCUCAUUACUCGAAAUUUGCACCUGCUAUCAUGCAGGCUUUAAAGAUUCAAGAAAUCAACCAAACUUCAUCAAGUCAGCUUGCUUUAUUGAGUUCAUAUAAUGCAUUACCUCCACCACAUGAGGCUUUAUUGGGAAAAACAAAACAGCAAGAGAAGAUGGACUAUCAGGUCUGUGCAGCUGAUGUGAAUGUCCUGAAGAGUCAUGUGGAAAAACUAAUACAAAAUCAAGUUUUCUGAGUAAAAUUUUUUUUUUUUCUGGCAAUAAGGAUACAAUAAUAAAUCACAAAAGUUGAUUUG